UGCCUCUCUACACGCGAGUGGAGGUUCCGGAAAACUUCAAUUUGCGCAUUUGCCAUACGACUAGCAUUUUCAUACACGUCCGAGGGAUAGUGGGGACUUUCGUCCAGCCAAGCCCGGGUAAACUGCUGGUUAAAUCACUGCCAAAUGCCCUCCCACCCCAGGGACCCUAGAGCAAGUUCAUAAAGACGUAGCAUGCAGACUGACAGUACACAAGAUUUAGCCAAAAGAAGAUCGUUUUUAUAAAGAAAGCAUAACACUUGAACAAACAUAUCCUGGUUCAAUAGAAUAACUCCGUUAUAAACAGGGUGCGAAUAAUGGCUACUGCCAGAACACAUGCGAAUGAUUCUCGAAAGAAAUCAAAAGUCUGUGAACCAAAUCCUUUAAAGCAACCAAACAACUAUUGCGACCCAUGCAAAUUUGAUGAUGCCCUUGAAAUUGCUAGAGGAUUCUGUAUUGCCUGUUGUGAAUAUCUCUGUAAAUGUUGCUGUAGGGAGCACAAUAAACACAAGGCGACUCGGGAUCACGCUGUGUUGGCGGAUCAGGAGUUUCCAGAGGACAUAUCUCCAUUUUUAGCAAUCAAAAAACUUAUGAGAUGCAGCAUCCAUACAGAUGAAGAAGUUACACACGAAUGUGCUGAUCAUAACUGCUUGAUAUGUGUCACCUGUAUCACAGAAAGUCAUCGACAGUGUGGCGAAGUUAAGAAAUUAGGUUCUAAAAACAGCAAGGAUACUAAUGGCUCUAAUUUAAAGAAGAUUUCUUCACUUCAGAUGAAGACAAUGAAUUAUAAGCUGCGAUCAGAAUGCGCUAUCCUGUGCUAUUUGGCGGAAAAGGAAACAACUGACAUUGAAGACAGAGAAUUUAAAUCCAAAAUAAUAAAACAGAUGGAGAAGAUUAUUGCCGACUUGCAAAAGAAACUGUGGGUUUCGUCUGAUUACGAAUUAUCCAAGAUUUCAGAGGCUGCAUCUAAUUGCAAACUGAUUGAAAACGAGCUUAAUGAUCUUCAGAACAUGGCCAAUAUCAUGGCUGAACAUGGUUCAAAGGCAGAAAGGGCAAUUGUAUCAAAACAUGUUGGCAAAAAGGUAGAUGAUGUGGUCUCAAAAAUGGAACAAAUACACUUUAGAGUUGAGAAGCCUAUUGGAUUUCAUGAGCAUAUGCUUGAAAACAGCAGCGACGAUGUAUUAAACGGACAUGUGCUUGGUAAAUCGGACAAAAAUAAGAUGUGUUCCAACACGGUGAAGGCAUUUCAAGGAACAAUGAUCGUCAAGGUAAGAGACAACUUUCAGCAAAAGGAGCAAAUCAAAAAAGAGAAGUUACAACGCCCAUAUAUAAUGAGAGAAAUUGGCACCAAAAACACCCAUUAUAUAUUGAGUCCUACUGAUGAAUAUCAAUGUGAUAUCGUCGCUAUGAAUUUUGUUGGUGAUGAUAUGUUGUUGUUAGCCGACCAUUCAAACAGGAAACUGAAGUUGUUUGAUCGCCAAUUUUGUUGUAUUGAUGAAAUCAUUCUUCCUGACUGCCCAACCGAUAUGUGCACCAACUCGAGAGGGAUUUUUGUAUGCUUCUCAUCCCUUAGAUUCAUCCACAGGUACAAUAUAGAUUACAAGGUCAUUAUUCGGGAAUCAGCAAAAUUUGCUACACAUUACCAGGCUGUAAGCUUAGACUCAUUUGAUGAUGAAAGAAUUCUUGUUAUGUUCAUGCAGCAAAGCAGCUUUGAUGACCCCGUUAUACAGGUUCGUGCUGGCAGCACCAUCGAUGUAUCAUUUAGUUUUCCGGACGAGGCUCAAUUUGGACAUGUUGAGAAGGCAAAGAGAAUCUGUACGAUCUCGAAAUCAGCCUUUCUUUUAGCGGAAGAUCAAAGAGUAUCAAUGUAUGUACUUGAUACGGAUGACGAAGUACUUCAUGGAAGGGCAUGGUUCUACAGGUCACAUGUACGUACAUGUUUGCAGAAGGCUACCGGAAUGUUUGUAGAUAGCGAAGAAAAUGUUUAUGUGUGUGGAGAAGAAUCGAACAACGUGCACCAAGUUUCGUCAUAUGACUAUCGUAGCAAUCGUGUUCUUAUUUCGAAUAUCCACAGACCUGCAGCUAUCCUGGUGGAUGAACGUGGAGAUAGACUGAUUGUUGCAUGUCGUGAAGAUGGCCGUGUACAUGUGUUCGCUUUUGAAUAGCUGAUUGUUCUAUGGAACCGUUGUCUGACACUUGCUUACAGGGACAUAGACAAUGUUGAUGUCUAGUUUUUGAAUAGAAUAAAAAAGUAAGAUGUUUUAUUUUGUUAGCACCUAUACAUGUAUACAUGUUUGCAACUAUAAAUUCAAGAGUAUGAAACAAUUGUUUGUAAUUGUGGACAUGUUUAUUGACAAAAUAGGGGUAUAUCUUUGCGUUUGACUAGAUCAAUAUAUAUUACGUUUCAAGAUAUAUUUGUUUAGGUGUGGGAAUAUCUUAUCGAAGGAUGAUUCAAUUUAUCCCGGCAGUUCCGGUAUUCGCAUUGUAUUUUGCAUACUAGUAUGUUUAACGGAAUAUCAAGUGCUGUUUAGUCACAAAACACUUUUUUCCUCAGGAGUAAGCGAUAUCAGGCAAUAUCUACGCAUAUUUGUAUUUAAUUAGGAUUAAAAUUGAACUAAAUUUGAGCGGCAUUAUUCACAUAGUAUGUUUGGUUUAUAUGUACAUGUAUAACCACGCUUUUCAUUUUUAAACUGUAUAUGUAUGUAUUUCCAAGUAUCAGUGACACAGGCAGUGUUUAAGACGAAAUAGUCUAUUAUAAAUUGUUGUUUCUAAGCAUUUUGUAUGUUAAGAUAUUAUUAAGUAUUGUCAUUUGGUUAUUUUGUUUCUUCAACCUGUUGUUUGUGACGCAAUCUGCGAAAUUUGGUUACAGACGAAAAAGGCUAAACUUGAUACAUCUUGUUGCUAUUUUUUCAACAUGCUGACUAUUUAAGCUGGACAUUGGUUUUAUUUGAUUUGUAUCUUAGUUAAAUUAAAUUAAAAUUAAAACCAUUGUCACGCAUUAAAAAAAUCUUUCUGAAAAAAGUGAUUUCUCGUGUGACAUUCUCACCUGUGGCUUUAGUUUCGCAAAUUGCGUCACAAAUGAUGGUUGGUGUGUUGUAUAUUUUGUACUGAUAACUGAUUAUGAUAAUGGGGCCUAUAGGAAGCUACGCCCCAUGUGAUUGUGUGGCUAAAUUAACGUAA